AUGCGCAUCCCGAUCUUCCUUCAGCUGGCCUCUCUCUUGCUGAUAUCUUCCCUCAUUGGACUUGCCGUCAUAUCGAUCGCAGUAUGGAUCACGACCCACAACUUCGUGCUCGAUAUUCGAGCUUCGCGCCUGACGCUCACUGCGAGCCUGAAAGCAGCCGAGUUGGCAAGCAAUCUGGACGUCAUGCAGACUUCUGCAGGCUUCGUCAGCACGCGAGUUUUAAUACAGCAGGCGUUAAUCCGAUACGACACAGGCGCCAACCCAGACCAGGACUGGAGCGAAUCAAAAGACGACCUGCAGGCUGCAAUUGGUGGUAUGGCGUCACUCGGACAAAUUCUCCUUCUUCAGGCCAGGGUAUAUCCGAAGAACGACGCCGGAGUGAAUGGACGAUACCCAUUACUCAACGUCACUUCUGGAACGAAAAAAUACUAUUUGCCAUACAAUUACGCAAAUGGGUCAUCAGUCCUGCUUGGAGACGAGGGUCCGGCCGCCAAUGGGACAGGGUUCCCUACAGCACUGUAUCCGGAACUGGUUUAUGGUACUGCUGACGGUAACGAGAAUUCUCAAGUCACCUUCGAUGGUCAAGCGAUUACUAGGGAGAGGACAUUGGUUCUGGGACCUUGGCCAACUAGCGAUACUGUUUCGUUGAUGUCUCUCACGCUACCAAUCGAGGACAACCUUAACCAAGCAAACAUUUUGGGCUAUUUGACAGUGGUCAUGGACGCUCGGUUGAUACUUGACACCGUGCACUCUCGCGAGGGUUUGAUGGACACAGGACAAACCCUUCUGGUGUCAGCUGAAAGCGCGACAAACCGAUUUCCCGGAGGUCUGAGCAAUGCAAGUCUCGGCGACGGCACCAAGGUGCGCUAUGUAACACCCGUGGAGAACGACAUUGGUGGGAGACAUCCAAAUAAUGUCGAUAACUCAACCGAGCCAUUCAAUUCAAGCACGUUCGCAGCCAUCAACAAGGCUCUCGACAAUUAUGGUAAGAACGAAUCUGACCGCUCUGGAUCAGCUCUGAGAGCGAAGAACGAAGCGAAGAAAGCCGUCAGCGUUGGCUACGCAUUUCCGGACACGACCCUGGUUGACUGGCUGGUUCUCGUUGAACAGUCGCGGGCUGAAGUCUGGCGGCCCAUUACCACGCUCCGCAAAGUCAUACUUGGAUGUCUAUUUGCAACAUUCGGUCUCAUGGUCAUCAUAUCUUUCCCGCUGGCGCUCUUCGCAAGUACUCCCAUCUUGCGGCUGCGCGAUGCAACGAGGCGGUCUAUCGACCCUUCCCACUCGGCUAGUCGUUCGAGUCUGGAUUCACUGGGCUACCUUCGCGAUGGUCCUGCAGACCAGACAGAACGAGUGGACGAGACGGUGGCGAAAAAGGAAGGCUUCGUCAAUCCAAUUACACGAUGGAAGCUGAAUCGUGAGCAACGUUCUCAGGCUAGAGGCGAAGAGCAUAGAAAGCGGGCAUUCAAAAUUCCUGGAAAGGUUAAAGAGCGGAAAUGGUGGAUUCGAGACGAGCUCACAGAUCUUACUUCGACUUUCAACGAAAUGUCGGAUGAGCUUAUGAUGCAAUAUUCCAAGCUCGAGGAAAGGGUUCAGCAAAGAACGGCUGAGUUGGAAGUAAGUAAGAAAGCCGCUGAGGCCGCCAACGAGAGCAAGACACUCUUCAUUGCCAACAUCUCGCAUGAGCUCAAGACGCCUCUGAACGGUAUAUUAGGCAUGUGUGCGGUGUGCAUGCAGGAAGAAGAUCCACUGCGCCUCAAGCGGUCACUAGGCAUCAUCUACAAGAGCGGGGACCUGCUGCUGAACCUACUCACGGAUCUUCUUACGUUUAGCAAGAAUCAAGUUGGCCAGCAUCUCAGCCUAGACGAGAAAGAGUUCCGGCUUCGCGACAUUCAAAGUCAGGCUUUGGCCAUCUUCGACAAACAAGCAAAAGACGGCAAAAUCGACCUUCGCGUAGAGUUUGAAGGCAUUUCAAACCUCACGGAUGACAGUCCUCCGUCAGACCGGCAGUUCGCGCUCGGUCCACUUGAUACGGGCCGCAUGAGAGACAUGAUCUUGUGGGGAGAUGUGCAUCGCAUCUUGCAAGUGGUGAUCAAUUUACUCUCAAACUCACUGAAGUUCACACCUCCGGGCGGAUCCGUGGUUCUCACGAUAAGAGCUUUGGCCGAGUCUCGGGAGAUGGGCAAUCGCUCGCCAUCGAUCAAUUCGCGCCAGUCUAGACUGAAUUCGUCAAGGCACAGGACAUCAGAAGCGCAGACUAUCCACUCGCUUGACAGACUUGGUACUGCCAACUCGAUCAACCCGAAGGGCAAGCCGUCUCAGGUUUCAAUAUCAGAGAGGAAUGUAUCACCACCCCCAGGCCGAUACAUCUACUUUGAGUUCGAAGUGGCGGAUACUGGUCCAGGAAUCAAAGAAGAUCUUCAGCAGAAGAUCUUUGAGCCUUUCGUGCAGGGCGACCUUGGGCUUAGCAAAAAGUUUGGGGGCACCGGCCUAGGCCUCAGCAUUUGUUCACAGCUUGCAUCGCUCAUGAAAGGCUCGAUAAGCCUACGCAGCACUGUUGGCCUGGGCAGCACCUUCACGCUCAAAAUACCGCUUCGCCACCUGCAGACUCGCGCUGACAGUUCAGCUAGCUCGGCAGUUGAGAGGCCAGGAAUUGAAAACGACAAAAGAGCCAACUCGUUCGACGAAGUUAGAGCCUCGCCGAGUGCGUCGAUACAUGGACCAGUGGAAUAUGAACCUGCCGCGCCUUCAACUGCUGUGGCAACGGAACAGCCACCAGUCACUGGUGAUUUGAACAACUCCAAUCCUCGGUUGGUUGGGCUAAGUCAACCUUUUUUCGCCUCCAACCAGCCCCUAGAGUCCCCCGGAUCGCAACCAGCGGCGAUGGACCAGAUAGAGGCUGCAGCCAAGCGAGGCGGCAAGAUACGAGUGCUCGUUGCAGAAGACAACAAGGUCAACCAAGAAGUGGUUCUCCGCAUGCUGAAACUUGAGGACAUCUACGACGUCACGGUUGCUAAGGAUGGCCAAGAGGCUCUUGAUAUUGUCAAGGAUACUAUGGCAAGCAAAGGACAACCCUUCAACCUCAUCUUCAUGGAUGUGCAUAUGCCGAACCUUAACGGCAUCGAGUCUACAAAAAUGAUCCGGGAAAUGGGGUACAAUGCUCCCAUUGUGGCUCUCACAGCGUAUUCGGAGGAGAAGAACGUAAAGGAUUGCCUCGACUCAGGCAUGAAUUAUUUUCUCUCCAAACCGAUCCGCCGGCCGCAACUCAAAAAAGUGCUCAAGGAGUAUUGCGCUCCAAUUCCCGAAGAGCCCGAAGGAACUCCGCCAUCCGAUGAACGGCGAAGAAGCAUCGUCAUGGUAAACAACCACGCUGAUCCUGCUGCUCCACCGACGUUCGUAUCUCGAGAGUUGACUAACGGGCAUUUUGAAAAUACUACAGACCUCUUCUCCAUAAGAGAUUCUUCAUGUACAACGAACACGACAGACGACAAUGUGCGGUCGGUUUCACCGCGGCAAGUGGCAUAAACGGGCAGAUAUACAUGUGAUGGCUGGCAUAUUUGAUUUUGUGAUCGGCGUUUGUGUGGGCAUGGUGAAAACAAAGGCAUAGUGCCUGGAUGCGUGGGUCAGGGUUCUAGGUUUCGAUGAAUAAGUAAUUGAGCGAAGGUGCAUGGCGUUGGGAGUCAAAUGCAACCGGUACCAGGCAGUGUCGAGAAAAAGACGUGUAGAAGAGGCAUUGGUGGGAAAAUGGAAUGGGGUGGGAUGGGAAAGGAUGGGUGCUGUAGGUGUUGCUGAUUCGUGACGAUGAAUUCUCUCUGAAAUGCAUAGGAAAUGAGCAAAGAUGGUUGCAUGUUCAAGCCAAAGCGUGUCUUCACUCACCAC